AUGUCAAGGUUGGACAAGAUGAUGAGUGCACACAAACGGAUUCUUAUAACAGGCUUUCAAUACCCUUCAGGUGCUGCAAAUGGAAUUGGCCGAUACUUGACAUUAUACUUUCUUCGCAAAGGACACCAAGUCUGUGGCAUCGACAUUGACGAAACAUCACUCGACAAGCUCAAGCGUGAAAUAUUCACAGACUCAGAAAUCCAACCCGCAAAAAGCUUGUUAUUGAAAUGUGAUGUCUCAUCAGAACCGCAAAUCGUUCAUACAUUUCAAACUGUCGCGACACAGUUUGAUGGACUUGAUGGGCUAGUUAACAAUGCUGGACUAACAAGAGCCCAAUUCAAGUCUGAAAAGCUCGAAGACGUGGAACUUUCUGAAUGGCAGCGAUAUCUGGAUGUGAAUUUGACUGGACCGUUCUUGAUGUGCAAGCAUGCUGCUCCGUUUUUGAGGAAGUCGAAGGGUAGUAUUAUCAAUAUGUCGUCGACAAGGGCAUUGAUGUCUGAACCGAGGUCGGAAGGGUAUGCUGCUACAAAGGCGGGUUUAGUAGGCCUCACACACUCACUCGCUAUGAGUCUUGGGCCUGAUGUGCGCGUGAACUGUGUAUCGCCUGGUUGGAUUGACACACGCGACGAAGUGGAAGCGACCCCUCCUCCAUUGACCGAGGCAGACCACAAACAACAUCCUGUUGGACGAGUUGGAGUUCCAGACGAUGUCGCAAGGCUCGUCAACUUUUUGAUUUGUGAUGAGGGAGGAUUCAUGACUGGGCAGAAUAUCGUACUUGAUGGAGGGCAGUGUUGCUACUUGCUGCAUUUCUGGCUCACACCUACCACACUUUCCAGGCAUGACGAAGAAGAUGAUUUACGUGGAUUAGAUGUAAACUCUGUAACGCAUCCAAUCAACGUCUCCUGGCUGUUCCCAUCCAACACAGCGACCCUCCUAAAGUCGUGUCCACCUAAAUCAGACCUCCUCGACGCUCUAGGCUCAAUAUCAGGCUCGUCGGGCCCAACAGAUGAAAUCCUAUCAAAGAGAAAAGCUAUUGGCAAAUCAGUGGAAUCGUGCCAGGGUCAAAAAGUAUGUGAGGAUCAGGAACGGAAUGGGGGACGAGAGGAAGAGGAGCUGGCUGAAGCUGCUGCUGUUGAUGUGAUGGAUGAGAGUUGGGACUCGUUGGGUGGGGCUGUUACAGAGACUGUGUUUGAGGGUAUUGGUGGUGUGGAGCAGAUUCCGGCGUCGUUGGAUGAAGGGUUGGUUAAUUUGUUGAGGGCUGCUGGGUACUCGAAUGCUCUUUUGCAUGGACAUCAUCAGGGGAACUUUGCCAUGAGUUCAUGUCCUGGAAAGAAGGUGCGGUUAGACAGUGGACCAGUUAACGGACGCGCUGUAAUCAACCGAGAUCUAGACGCCGAUUUUGCUCGUAUGGCAAGUCUGGAUAUUCGAACUGUCGUCAACUGCCUGUUUGAUCCUGAACUCUCGUAUCUUGGAGCGUCGUAUAAUUUAUACGAAGAAGCUGCUACCAAACAUGGAAUCAAAGUAUUACGGUUACCUAUGAUGGAAGGCUCGUGUCCUGAAGCCUUUGACGAGCUGGACAAGGUUGUUGUUGAGAUUUGCUCAACCAUAGAAAGUGGAGGGUAUAUCUUGUGUCAUUGUCGAGGAGGGAUCGGAAGAGCUGGACUCGUAGCCUGUUGUUUCCUUCUCCGAACAGGACUUUGUCGAGAUCCGGAGCGUGCCAUCAGACUUGUUAGGCUGAGACGGUCACCCAAGGCUAUUGAAACGCGUCGGCAAGAAGAUUACAUAUCAGCAUAUCACAUCUGGUUGAAAGACGGAAGGCCUCCUAACAGAACAAUGGGUGUGAACGGGCCUAUUUCUCAGUCUAAAGUGGUGCUGAACAAGGUUUCAGCGUCUUGGGGGCCGGCGUCUCUGUCGCCGCGUUCGCUUUCUUCAUAA